AUGAAAUAUAUUUUAAAAUCCCUAAUCCUAGCAUUAGGGUUUGCUUUCGCUUUCCUUAAAACCACGAGCGCAGCUGGUGCUGCAGAUCAUUUUGUACGUACUUUACCUGGUCUUCCCGACGAUGCAAAUCUUAAACAACACGCCGGGCAUAUUACAAUAGAUGAAAGCACUAAUUCGAAUAUAUUCUUCUGGCUAAUGCAUAAUCGUCACAUUAGCGAUAAAUCGAGACUGAUCAUAUGGCUUAAUGGUGGUCCUGGAUGUUCGAGUAUGGAUGGUGUAUUUCUUGAAAAUGGUCCAUGGAGAAUAAACAGUGAUCAAACUUUAAAAAUGAUUGAUGGUUCAUGGAUUGAGUUUGCUAAUGUACUUUAUGUUGAUCAGCCGGUUGGCACUGGUUUUAGUUAUGUAAAUGCCACAGGUUAUUUAAGAAACGUAUCGCAGGUUCCUGGACAAUUUUUAACUUUUCUCGAUAAAUUCUUUGAAAUAUUUCCAGAAUUCAGUAAGGAUGAUAUGUAUCUUGCUGGAGAGAGUUUUGCGGGCACUUUUAUACCUUACAUAGCCGCUGGAAUAUUGAAACGAAAUAAUGAAACAACAACUACAUUUGAUAAUUAUUACAAUCUCAAAGGCAUAGCAAUUGGCAACGGAUGGAUUGAUCCUAUCCCACAGAAAACUGCCGAGAGUCAGCUUGCAAGUUGCAUGGCUGCUGAAAAUCAGAGCUUUACUAUUCAUCAGGACAUGUGUGAAGAACUCCUCAUGACGAUUCUAAGAAGUUCUCGUACAGUUGUUGGAAAGAAGGUGACAUGUUUAAAUCAAUAUGAUAUUCGAGAUUAUAAAGAUACGUAUCCUUCUUGUGGACUCGGAUGGCCUUAUGAGCUCCCAACUAUUUAUGAAUAUUUAAAGCGAGCUGAUGUCUUAAAAGCCAUUCAUGCUGAAGGCAAAACUGACGAUUGGGUAGAGUGUAGUCCGUCAGUAAGUCGUGGUUUUACUAAUGAUCCGAGUCCACCUUCUGUUUUGUUAUUGCCAUCUAUUUUAAAACAAAUCAAUGUUUUAUUUGGUGAUCAAGAUCUCAUUUGUAAUCAUGAUGGUACUGAAGCUAUGAUUAAAGAAUUGGAAUGGAACGAUGCAAAAGGAUUUCAGAAUUCUACUACAACACCUUUAUCCCUUAACAAUACUGUUUAUGGGCAUAUGAUAUCAGAGCGAAAUCUCACAUAUAUAGUUAUCUACAAUGCCAGUCAUAUGGUACCUUACGACGUGCCAGUACAAAGCAUGGAUAUGAUGUAUCGAUUUAUGGGAGUGAAACCACAAACAAUAAUGUUUCCAUCUGGAACUACAUAUAAUAUUAACUUUGAAUCUACCGUAACUUCGAACACACCUAUACCUCCAAGUGCUAAAAUUGUGCCUCAUGAAAUUUUGGAUCAAUAUUACAAUGCUGGAACUAUUACGCUUAUAAUUGUUAUUUGUGGAGUUGUUUCCCUAGCAGCCUUUUUAUACCGCGGAAGACUGAAACGUAAAAGGAACAUUAGUCAAACAAUGAAAGCUGUCGUUGAAAGUUCAAAUAAUGAAAUGGAUGAACUUGUAAUAGAAACACCUCUAUUUCAGUCAGAUAAUGUUGAUAAUUUUGGGGAUAGUGAAGACGAGGAAUCUAGGAUGCACAACAAUCAGGAUAGAUAUGUUGAUUAG